GACGUCCACGGAGGACACCUACUGCAAUAAAGAAGAGGAGUGACCCACCAAUUAAAGCCCCCCCCCCACCCGGUACUCUUCUUCGCUGAUAAAUUUCCUUGGAAAGAGGCAAUUUAACUCGAGGAGAAAUUGGAAGUAUCACACUUUCUUGGAAAAAUACUUUGUAGAGAAAGAUGAGUACAAAGGGAAGAACAAGCAUAGAGAUUGGAAGUGAUGGAGUGGCAAUCAUCACCAUCAUCAACCCUCCUGUCAAUUCACUUUCUCUCGAUGUACUUUAUAGCUUAAAGGAGAGCUAUGAACAUGCGUGGAGUAGGGAUGAUGUGAAGGCAAUUGUUGUUACAGGUGCAAAUGGAAAGUUUUCUGGCGGUUUUGAUAUCAGUGCACUUGGUGGAUUACAAAGAGGAAUGGUUACAAUACCAAAACAUGGUUUUGUGUCGGUGGAGAUUCUUAGUGACAUAGUAGAAGCUUCAAGAAAACCAUCAGUAGCAGCCAUUGAUGGUCUUGCUCUAGGUGGAGGACUCGAAGUUGCAAUGGUUUGCCAUGCCCGUAUUUCUACUCCACAUGCACAACUUGGCUUACCGGAGCUCCCACUUGGUAUAAUUCCUGGGUUUGGAGGACAGGAAGCCUUGAAUUUGGGUCUCGUAGAUGCUGUUGUCUCACCCAAUGAACUAUUGGAUGCUGCACGUCGUUGGGUUCUUGAUAUCUUUGAACGUCGCAAACCUUGGGUUAUAAGUCUCUAUAGGACAGACAGAAUAGAACCACUUGGGGAUGCCAAGGAGAUCCUAAAGUUUGCUCGAGCUCAGGCCCGUAAGCAAGCUCCAAAUCUUAACCAUCCAUUAGUCUGCAUUGAUGUUGUUGAAGAGGGUAUAGUAUCUGGUCCACGUGCUGGCCUUUGGAAGGAGGCAGAAGCAUUCCAAGAGCUUCUAUAUUCGGACACGUGCAAGGCCUUGGUACACAUUUUUUUUGCCCUUCGUGGAACAAAAAAGGUUCCUGGUGUAACUGAUCAAGGGCUUGCACCAAGAAACAUUAAGAAGGUUGGAAUUCUGGGAGGGGGUCUAAUGGGCUCUGGUAUCGCAACAACUUUUCUUCUCUGCAACUAUCCUGUAAUUUUGAAGGAAGUUAAUGAGAAAUUUCUGCAAGCUGGAAUUGGUAGAGUAAAAGCCAAUUUGCAAAGUCGAGUGAAGAAGGGGAAAAUGAGUCAAGAGAAGUUUGAAAAAACUUUUUCCCUGCUAAAAGGUGUCCUAGACUACGAAAGCUUUAGAGAUGUGGAUUUGGCAAUUGAGGCUGUUAUCGAGGACAUAAAUCUAACGCAGAACAUAUUUUCUGAUCUUGAGAAGUAUUGUCCUCCGCAUUGCAUACUUGCGAGCAGUACAUCCACCAUUGACUUGAACUUAAUUGGAGAGAAAACAAGAUCACAUGACCGUAUCAUUGGUGCCCACUUUUUCAGUCCAGCUCAUGUGAUGCCACUUUUGGAAAUUGUUCGCACUCAAAAAACGUCUCGUCAAACUAUUGUCGACUUACUAGAGCUUGGGAAAAAGAUAAAGAAAACCCCUAUGGUUGUGGGUAAUUGCACUGGUUUUGCUGUCAACAGGAUGUUCUUUCCUUACACUCAAGCUGCUCUCUUGCUCGUGGAACGGGGUACAGAUGUCUACAAAAUAGAUAAAGCAAUUACCAAAUUUGGAAUGCCCAUGGGCCCUUUUAGAUUGUGCGACCUUGUUGGCUUUGGCGUUUCAAUGGCAACAGGAGGUCAAUACGUGAUGAACUUUCCAAAAAGAACUUAUAAAUCGAUGUUGAUACCACUCAUGCAAGAAGACAAUAGGGGAGGUGAAUCCACUAGGAGAGGAUUUUAUAUUUAUGAUGAAAGGCGCAAAGCCAGCCCAGAUCCUGAAAUAAAGAAAUACAUUGAGGAGUCAAGGGAAAUGUCUGGCGUUACCAUUGACCCUAAGUUGACAAAACUUUCGGAUAAGGACAUUGUGGAGAUGACGUUUUUGCCAAUUGUAAACGAAGCAUGUAGAGUACUUGCUGAAGGCAUUGCAAUCAAAGCGGCUGAUUUAGACAUAGCGUCUGUCAUGGGCAUGGGUUUCCCACCUUACAGGGGAGGCAUCCUGUUUUGGGCAGACACCCUUGGAUCAAAGUACAUUUACUCGAAGCUUAAUGAUUGGUCAAAGAUCUAUGGAGGUGUCUUUGAGCCAUGUUCUUACUUGGCUGAAAGAGCUGCCAAGGCUGCCCCUCUUGAACUAAAAGAUCAAAUGGCGUCAAGGAUGUUCAACGCAGGAGUGACCGAGGGACAAUCAACCACAAGGCCACCGUUGUUUGACGGAACCAACUACUCUUAUUGGAAGGAGAGGAUGAGAAUCUUUAUCCAAUCCAACGACUAUAAGCUGUGGUUGAUUGUGAAGAACGGCUGCGGAGUCCCGAUGAAGAAAGUCGGUGAAGUCAACGUCCCCAAAACCGAAGAGGAGUUCACCGACGAAGAUUGCAAAAAGAUGGAGCUCAACUCUAAGGCAAUAAACAUGAUUUAUUGUGGUUUUAAUGCGGGUGACUACCGCAAAAUCUCGCGGUGUGAAACCGCAAAACAAAUGUGGGAGAAAUUGGAGGUCACCUACGAAGGAACCACGCAGGUUCGGGAGGCCAAAAUCGACCAUCUCACCCACGAGUACGAACUCUUCUCAAUGAAGGACAACGAGAAGAUUGAGGAAAUGUUUGAGAGGUUCUCUAAGAUCAUUAAUCCUCUCAAUCUUCUCGGGAAGACUUACACCGACCGAGAACUUGUAAGAAAGGUGCUACGAAGCUUAUCCCCAAAAUGGCGUUCAAAGGUGGACGCAAUUGAAGAAGGUCGUGACUUUCAAACAACGACCUAUGAUGCUCUUCGAGGUAAUCUCAUUACCUACGAAACCACCCAACUCUCAAAGGUGGUUGAAGAGAAGAGCAAGAGGUCUAUUGCUCUACCCGCAACAACAUCAUCCCACAACAACGUUGAUGGUGAAGAUGAUGACAGCGACGACACCGACCUCGGACUCUUCGUCCGAAAAUUCAAGAAGAUGAUGCUCAAGAGGGGAGCCAAGAAGAACACUCCACCCAAGUGUUAUGGGUGUGGUGAAAUUGGACACAUCAAACCAAUGUGUCCAAAGCUCAAGAACGAGAAGGACAAGAGGGCACCGAAGAAGCAACAUGCCUACAUUUCUUGGGAGAACGACGGCUCCGAGAGUGAAGACUCGGAAACGGAGGAAGUGGCCAACCUAUGUCUCAUGGCCAUUGAGGAUGGUGAAACAUCAAAAGAGAAGAACUUGUAGGAAUGUUUAAAAAGGCUUCCAAAGAAAAUAAUGAAGUUAAACAAAAAAUCCUGAUUUUUGAAAAAGAUGUAAAAGAACUCAAAAAUAUAAAUGAUAAACUUAAACAAGAAAUUAUCUCUCUUGGAAAAAGGCCACAAGAACCUUCAUCUACUUCUUCUACAUGAUCUAGUUGUACAUCACUAAAAGCUAAGGUUGCUAGUUUAGAGAGCAAUUUGGGAAAGUUUAAUAAUGCUUCAAACACCUU